AUGUCACAUCCUCCUCUUAAGGUUAUUGGCAUGGAAUACAAUCCUGUAUGGAUAGAUCGCACCUUCAAAUCACGGCAACUCACAGAAUCUCUCCUUGCCCCAGAGCGUGAAGCUGGCCUUCUCACAACUCACGAUUACGACGCAGCCCUCUCCUUCUUUCCCGACUUCCAUCGCCGCUACAACUCACUUGGAAUGGUGUUGGGUGGAUGUCUAAUGUACUCCAUUCGCAAGCCUUCCUGGUCAACACCGAAGACUACUGCUCUCGUCUUGACCAGUGCCGUGCUCGGUCGUGCUGUCGGAGCCGUGAGCUCAGUUCGAGAGCACUAUCAGUUUGCUCGUUCCAUCGAAAAUCCCGCGGGUUUCGCCCAGGCAAUGCAAAAUAUUCAAAGGAAACUUGGUCAACCUGUUAUGCGCCCUAUCGGCAGACCACAGGACCACACCUCAGCUGACGACCACUCUCAAGAACGAGAUUUUCAGCUCCCCCCACCCCGUGCAUCGCUGGAACAGCCGCCGAUGACUAAACCUACCACCUCGACUGGUACCUGGGAUAGAAUUCGAGCGGCCAACGUCCGCACAGCUGGAAACUCGUCUUGGGAUACUCUUCGCCAGAAACACGAGAGUGCGCGUAUACAAAACCGCGUUCCUGACACAACAGUCGACGACGUGAACGGAGAACCGGUGGGACAAGCAAAGAUUGAGAUAAUGAGCCGCACGGAAGAGCAGGCAAAGUUUGAUGCACUCCUGGACAGGGAAAGAAAUAUGAAAUAA